GUUCCGCACUCAGCACCAGCUGCACAUCAAGUUUACCUCACAGCCAGCAGUUUAGUGUUUACUCCGUCGUGGCUAAAAUCGAUUGCUGUUUUGUCUUGUUGUGUGUGCAGUAAAACGUACUUAAAUCUAUUGUCAGAUUGAAUCAAUUUUAAUACAAUUCGUCGCAUAUCACAAUUAUUAAAAGCAUCGCAGUAAUGAUAGUGUGAAAAUUCUGAAUGCAGUUUAGUGCGUUUCAAAUUUAGUGCUGGUCAAAUUAAUGCUCUCGGGUAGUAAGCCAAGGAAGAGUAGGCAAAGCCACAGAAGAGCAAAUAUUUUGGGUGCCUGAAAUAUUUGGAGUGAAAGUGUAGUGCAGAAAUAAUACACAGGCGUGCAUAUAAUCCUUGCCUGUUCCGUCGUUGCUGGGAAGAGAAAGGCACCAGUUACAACAUUAUGUGAAUUUACAGCGAAAGUAGAUUCAGUGGAAAAUAAUUCAUUGCAAGUGCCGAACCGAAAGGAGCCACAAUUUUUCUCGACACAAACCACCCGGCAGCCUCGUUGUUUCUCCCGGUUGCCGAAAUGGAUGAGGAGGAGGAAGUAGCCGACAUUCGGGAGCAGAUAUUUCACAAUACGGUUCGGGAGCAUAUCAUAUUUCUGCUGCUGUUUCUGUUGCUUUACCUUGGUAGUUUUGCGCUGAUCGGCCGCUUCAGGCGGCGCGACCGGGAGGAUUUAUUUUCUACCGACGACGACGAGAUUACAGUUUAUAGAAUUAGUCUAUGGUUAUGCACAUUUUCAUUGGCCGUAGCCGUGGGUGCAGCACUGCUUCUGCCAAUAUCGAUUGCCAGCAACGAGGUUCUGAUACUGUACCCCAACAGCUACUAUGUAAAGUGGCUCAACAGUUCACUGAUUCAAGGUCUAUGGAAUCACGUGUUCCUGUUCUCCAAUCUAGCGCUGUUCGUACUGCUGCCGUUUGCCUACCUAUUCACGGAGUCGUCCGGCUUCAGUGGCCAUAAGAAGGGCGUGAUGGCGCGAGUCUACGAAACAUUUACCGUGUUCUCGCUGCUCGCGUUCAUCGUGUUCGGCAUGACAUAUGUCAUCUCGGCACUCCGUGAUCCCGAACGGAGUACCUUUCAAGCGUUGUUUAACCUAGGGAAAUAUCAUCUGCCAUUUUUAUACUCAUGCGUAUCAUUUCUGGGAGUGCUAUUAUUGCUAGUAUGCACUCCAAUGGGCUUUGUGAGACUGUUCGGUGUCGUCGGUCAGGUACUGGUCAAACCGAAUCUGCUGCGUGAUGUGAACGAAGAAUUCCAUGCCUUCAACCUGGAGGAGGCAACCGUGCGACGGAAGCUAGCUAACGCUAACAUCAACAUCGAACUUAAAAGCGUUACGACGAUCGACUAUGCCCCAUCAAAGCUAGUCUCGGGACUGGAGGAUUUGUAUCAAAUCCGACCCACCAACGGUGGCUUCACCGAGUCGGCAAAACUUUUCGAAAGACUGAGAGCGCUCGAGACCGAGCGGAAAAUGCUAGAUAAGCAACGAAGCUCAUCAGCACUACAAAGAAAUCUUGUGUAUCCGGUUGCAAUGUUACUAUUGCUUCUACUAACCGGUAUCACUGUUCUGCUAGUGGUACAGAACACAUUGGAACUGCUAAUUGGAAUCAAAGCAGUGCCGUUGAGUACACGGCAAUUCACUCUGGGAAUCACAUCCCUAUCGAAGUUAGGCCCGCUGGGGGCAGCCCUAGAGGUGUGUAUCAUCAUGUAUUUAGGCGUGACGUCGACGGUCGGUCUCUAUACAAUGCCAUUCAUGCGGAACGUCCGUCCCCAGCGACGAAAGACGUCGCUGUCGCAGUUAAUUUCCAACUGUGCGCUUGUGCUGAUUCUAAGUUCUGCGCUGCCAUUGCUAACCCGUAUUCUAGGGAUCACAAACUUCGAUCUUCUGGGCGACUUUGGCCAAAUCGAGUGGCUCGGCAACUUUAUGAUCGUGCUGCUGUACAACGUGAUCUUCGGUACAGCGGCCACGCUCUGUCUGGUGAAUAAAUUCACCGCAACCGUGCGGCGGGAGCUGUGCGCACGAUUGAAGGCUUUGUUCGACUACAGCAGCCAUUUGGAAUCCAGCAUUUAUCAUAGUUCAUUGACGCAUCUGGCCAACCACAGCCAUCCACAUCAGAAUAGUAUCGUCCAGGUCAGCCAACAAAAUCUCAUGGCGAAUGAGUCCAACGAAACGCACAUCUCACAGCAUGGAUCGAACGUAAAUGCCGCUGUUUCUUCGAUGUCCAGUGGAACGGAGGAGAAGAAAACUAUCUGAAAAGACAACGUCUGCCUUAUGCGACUGAUAUUAUCAAUCUGAACUAAUAGAGUAUUGAAGAGUGGUACAAGUGAAAUUAUCAACUUCAGUAUUGUAAAAGAAUACCAAAUAAAACAGCUAGUUGCAUACAAGUUUGACAAAA